GGUCUGCUCCAGAAACCACCCUCGGCCCAGGAUGCCCCUCUGACUCAGAGAGACAGACAGCAGGUCCUCUGCCCACCUCACGCCCCCUCCCCUCGCCCCUGGCGGAUCCUACAGAACUCUCCACUCCUGCUUAACUCAUCAUCUGGUCAUUGGAGCUUUGGGGCCUGAAAACCAAGUGUCUUGAGUUAGGGCCACCUCUCCGGCCGCUCACUCAUUCACUCACCAAACACAAGCCCCCAGGUCAGGGGCUGGGGUGUGUGGGGGUCAGGAGUUACAGGGAGGAAUACGGCGUGAUACCCAGCCCCGGCGCAGGGGGCUUGGGGUGGACAUCGGGCCUCUUGGGGUUGGGGGGCGUCCUGGGGACCCCACGUCCUUGGAAGUGGAGAAAGGAGAGCUGAAGGCAGCGACUCAGGGCAAACGCCCCAGGCGUCCCGAGCGGGUGGGGCGGGACCUGCGGUUGCCAGGGAGGAGACUUUGGCGUCGCGUCACCAAGGUAACCCUGACCGAAGGAAGCCGGCCAUGGCCUCUGGGACUGGAGGGAGCUGGGCUCAUCCCGCACCGCAAAGGGCAGCCCCCAUGCCCUGGGUGACAGUUCUGCAGCCCUUCCCAUGGGCGGUCCCACCGCCACCCCCGCAGCCAGGACGUGUGAAGGAAGACCUGAUGGAGCUGAUGCUGCUGCAGAACGCACAGAUGCACCAGCUGAUCCUGGGUCGCCUGGUGGCAGCAGCGCUCAGCCCCUGGCCGGCCUUCUCUGGCCCGCAGGUCCACAUGGAGGGUCCGAAGGAGGAGAGUGAGGAGGAGGAGGAGCUGGGAGCCCAGGAGGAAGAGCCUCUGGUGGUCCACCACCACUACCUGCCCUGCCCGACGCCCGCUCUGGGCCCCCAGCCUCCCUGGCCAGCGCCUUUCCUUCCCCCUCCGCCACACCAGCCCCCCUUGCAGGAUGCACCCAGGAUCCAGCAGCGCCCUCCUGCCAGGAGAAGGGGGGUGAGAGCCGUGCCCCCACCCCCACCCCCCAGUGCCACGGGGACUGUGGGUGCGGAUGUACCCCCGGCUUCAGAUUACUAUGACGCCGAGAGCUUACUAUGAAGACAGACGCUGGCCCAGGGACCCACCCCAGCGGCACUGCGAGGCUGGAUACAGCCCCCGAGGGCCCCUCUGGUGCUCACAGCCACACCUGACAGCCCUUCUCUGCCUAACCCCAACCAGGCCCUCCCCUCCAGGGUGAAUCAGUCUCCUUCCUUCCCAUUAAGACCUUGGGCCAGCCCAUCUCUUCUCUGGAGUAAGCCCAUUAGGUUCUUCACUGUUCAAGGCCCUCGACCCACGUGAACACCCACCUCUGCCCCACUGUUUGCUUCCCGGGCGAGGGGGAGGCUGGGAACCAGAGCCCCCCCAGACCUCAGUCCCUCACCCCUCUCUCUGGGAAGGCCAGGGCUGCGGGGUCUCCGAUGGCCUAAUCACGGAGCAGGAGGCCAGAGAAGACUGGUUUUGUUGUCCACAGCUCUGUAAAGGCCAAGAUGCAGAAGAAUCCUGACUGGGAGGGUCCUGGAGGUGCGCCAGGUCCCUGGGGGCCCCACCCUCCACUCCACCAACAGGAAGCUGGCUCUGUGGCCGUGUCCUGCUCCGACAGGGAGUGGCCCCAGUUCCCGAGGGCCGUGUGGGAACAGAGUGUCUCUGCCCGGCCAGGCCAGGGCACACCGCCCCAACCUCACCGAGGAGGCCCUUGUCACUCGGCCAACGAGGGUGGGUGCCCGGUGCCAAGGCUGGUCAGCAUGGGGGCGCC